AUGCACCAACGUAGCAAGCGAGCUGCUACUGGCUUGCUCGUUGCAGCGAACUUGCUCAUACCGGCUGCUAUUAUAAUCUUUGCCGCCGGCUUCUUUCCCUACAAGCCCUUUCUCGCUGGAAAUGCUCAAUAUGACGACCUAGAUCAGGCCCCAGCACCCCCCUUUGACCGCGUCGUAUUUAUGGUUGUGGACGCCCUCCGGAGCGACUUCGUCUUCGCAGAGGGCUCUGGUUUCGAGUUCACUCAGGGACUGAUUCGAGAUGGCGCUGCGAUUCCCUUUACGGCCCAUGCCGCAUCCCCGACCGUGACGAUGCCUCGCCUCAAAGCCAUUACUACGGGCUCCGUUCCUUCGUUUCUCGACGUCAUCCUGAAUCUGGACGAGGCCGACAGUUCGUCCACGCUCGCUUCCCAGGAUACUUGGCUUGCACAAAUGAAAGCAAAACAAACUGGAAAGCUGCUCAUGUUUGGAGAUGAUACUUGGCUGAAGCUGUUCCCCGACACCUUCGAUAGAGCCGAUGGCACCUCCAGCUUUUUCGUCUCGGAUUAUACCGAGGUAGACAACAAUGUCACUAGGCACAUCGAUGUCGAGCUGCAGCAAGACGAUUGGAGCACCAUGAUUUUGCACUAUCUUGGCCUGGACCAUAUCGGCCACAAAUCCGGGCCGCGAAGUUCUGCCAUGUUCCCCAAACAACGGGAAAUGGACGAUAUCGUCCGCCGCAUCUACCAGGCUAUUGAGACACAAUCGCAUCUGGGAUCCACGCUGUUGGUUCUUUGCGGCGAUCAUGGUAUGAACGAUGCAGGCAAUCACGGCGCCUCCUCGGCCGGCGAAACAUCGCCAGCCUUGGUCUUCUUGUCCCCGAGUCUAAAGUCCCUGUCCCGGUCUCUAGAUGCCCCGGCUCCCCACGCCGAAGACUUCCAAUACUAUUCACGUGUACAGCAAUCUGAUCUGGCCCCAACACUCGGUGCUUUGCUGGGCUUUCCGGUACCAAAGAAUAAUCUUGGCGCCAUGAUACCCGAAUUUCUGCCUCUGUGGCUGGACAAGCGUGACCAGGCGUACAUUAUGAUGCACAACGCCAAACAGAUAUUCGAAAUUGUGUCAGCAGCCUUUGGCGACACGCUGUCGGCUGGGCCUUACGACGCCGUGGACUGCUUGAAAUUGUCGUCCGACGCUGACAGGCUAGCUUGUGAGUGGCAUGUUCUGGCCAGGCAAGGUGAUCUUGACAAAGUUGCCGACAAUGAUGAUUGGGCUCGGCAGGUACUGCAAUGGCUGCGAGAGGCUCAACAUCUCAUGAGUGGCAUGGCAAGCAAUUAUGAUAUAACAAGGCUGACUCAGGGAGUGACAAUCGCUCUGCUUCUAGCGGUCAGCUCAAUCCUGGCUGUUUUUCUUGUUGCCGAAAAGAGCACGGGCGUGCCGCCAUGCUUUGCCGCGAUCAUGCUCCUAUACGGCAUCAUGAUGUUUGCAAGUAGUUAUGUUGAAGAGGAGCAGCACUUUUGGUAUUGGGCAACAACAGCGUGGCUGUUGUAUCUCUCUCGGACACGCCUACAGAAAUCGACCAGAGUACCCUACUGGGCAGUGUUGGCGAUUCUUGUCUCAAUCCGACUCAUGAGGGGCUGGAACCAGACGGGCCAGAAGUUCGCGGGUAACCCUGACCUCGUAAAGCUCUUCCUGGCACCGAAUCCCGAGAUCCUCUGGUGUCUUGUCAUCGGGACUUACGCCGUACUUUUUGUCGAGCUCAUGUCGAAUGCCAGGGGAAUUUUCCCAGGUGCCAUUGCGAUGCCGUUGAUGCUCGGCGUCGUCACAUCUGCGAUGUCCUUCAAGAUCGCCUUUGCCAACGAGGACGCUCCAGAGCUAGUGACGGGAUUUGUGCGCAGCCUGCUGCAGCUCAUGGAAGGGCCAUCGCUUUUGUCGCGAGCACGGGUGGUCUUGCUCGGGCUGGCAUUGGCAUUGGCAUAUACUGUCUACUUUUUGUUGACGCGCAGACGGGUAAGGCAUCUCGAAGACAAGCUCAAAAGCGAGAGUUCCCGCGAAGCUGGCGGCUCAGGUCCAGAGCAGUUGGCCGCCAUGGCAUUGUUGCACAACUUGUACACGGUUCUCGCUCUCACGCAGUCCCGAGUAACUAAUAUCCCACUAUUUUUGCUCUUCCGACUGCUGCAGACCUAUCUGCAAAGGCUCAAGCUAGAUGUGGCAGAAAUCACGACGUCGGCUAUCCUAUUGCAAUUCGCCUCGUUCUUUGCCAUGGGAGGAAGCAAUGCCAUAUCUUCGGUGGACUUGUCCAGUGCUUAUAAUGGAAUCAGCGGGUUCAACGUCAUGGCGCAAAGACGGCUGUCGCAAAACCUUAUUCCUCCGACAUGGUGCGUUACUUACAUUAUUUGUGACCACUAG